AUGACUAGGACAUCGACCCCUUCUACCCCUUCUACCCCUCGCCACCUCGCUUGCGUAGCGGGCACCUCUUGCUCAUCCCUGGCCGCGAUCUCGCAUUCGUCGUCGCAUUCGUCGUCGUCGUCGUCGUCCCUGCACCUCCCUCGACGGCCGUUCUCGACCUCGGUCGAUCGACUCGCACUCUUGUCCUCGACCACACCUCGGCUGUACCCUGGCCGACAGGGCGGCGGUCGCAACGGUGGCAAGGACGGUGCCGAGAAGCUGUCCACCGAAUCCGAGAACGAGGAGACAGAAGCCGACGAUAAUGCCGAAUCGACACCAUCUUCAACGGCUGAUAACAACCACAAGACUUCCAAGGGUUCAUCUUCUUCUACCAGUGCUUCUUCGUCAUCACCCUCAUCGGAAGGCAGUGCGGGAGCUUCGACCCCACCUUCGUCCUCCUCCUCCGACGAUGGCGACAACGGUGAAGGCACUGAUUCGACUCCCCCAUCCUCGACCUCGCUCUCCAAACGCACCGUACCCGAGGUCUACCCACAACUCCUCGCUUUGCCCAUCACCCGCCGCCCACUCUUCCCCGGCUUCUACAAGGCCGUCGUCAUCCGCAACGCCGCCGUCAUCGCCGCGAUCAAGGACGCCGUCGCGCGUGGCCAACCUUACAUCGGUGCUUUCCUCCUCAAGGACGAGAACGCCGAUAGCGACAUCAUCACCGACUCGAAUGCCGUUCACCCCGUCGGUGUGUUCGCGCAAAUCACUUCAACGUUCGUCGCUGCGGCGAACGACAAGGACAAGAAUGAGGAACCGGGUUUGACGGCCGUGCUGUACCCUCAUCGAAGAAUCCGCAUCACCGACUUGCUUCCCGUACCACAAAACACCCCACCUUCGGCACCCGAGCAAUCAAAAGCUACAGAGGACGGCGAGCAGCCAGUCCCGAAGGAGGCUGACGCCGCUGCUCCGGUCGACAAGUCGGCUCGAACGGAUCAAACCGCCGAGCUGGAAAAAAUCAUCGAGGCCUCGUACCAGCACGGCAAGAAGGAUGAUGCUGCAUCUUCCAAGUCGGGCGAGGACUCGACCGUCAUCAGCGAGGACUCGACCGCCUCUUCCACGGACCCAUCGAGCCGAUCAUUCCAGACCGCUUUCCUGCACGAUUACGCCGUCUCGAUCGUUAACGUCGAGAACGUCGAGAUGCAACCUUGGGACAAGAAGUCGCAGACCGCACGAGCGAUUGCGAGUGAGAUCAUCGCCGUCUUCAAGGACAUCGCUUCUCUGAACCCGUUGUUCAGGGAUCAGAUCGCCAACUUUUCCAUGAGUCAAUCCGCGGGUAACGUCUUUGAGGAACCGGACAAGUUGGCUGAUUUCGCUGCUGCGGUCUCGACGGGCGAGAUCAACGAGUUGCAAGACGUACUCGAAUCGACCUUGCUUGAGGAGAGGAUGCAAAAGGCGUUAUUGGUGCUCAAGAAGGAGUUGAUGAACGCGCAGUUGCAGAGCAAGAUCUCUAAAGACGUCGAGAACAAGAUUCAGAAACGUCAACGCGAGUACUACCUCAUGGAACAGCUCAAGGGGAUCAAGAAGGAGCUGGGGAUCGAGUCCGACGGCAAGGACAAGCUCGUGGACAAGUUUCAGUCCAAGGCGGAUACGCUCAACAUGCCCGAAGCGGUGCGCAAGGUCUUUGACGAGGAGAUCAACAAGUUGUCCCAUCUCGAACCGGCCGCGAGCGAAUUCAACGUCACGCGCAAUUACCUCGAUUGGUUGACCCAGAUCCCUUGGGGUAGGCACUCGCAAGAGAACUUUGACCUCGUCCAUGCGGUCCAAGUCCUCGAUGAGGACCACUACGGUCUCAAGGACGUCAAGGAUCGCAUCUUGGAGUUCUUGGCUGUAGGUAAAUUGAGGGGGACGGUCGAGGGCAAGAUCUUGUGCCUUGUGGGUCCUCCGGGUGUGGGAAAGACGUCGAUUGGCAAAUCGAUCGCGAGGGCGCUGGAUCGGCAGUUUUAUCGCUUCUCUGUCGGUGGGUUGGGCGAUGUCGCUGAGAUCAAAGGGCAUCGAAGAACGUGAGUUGUGAUUGAACCUGAGCCCCGUAAAGGUGAUUCAAGUUGCCCAGGCUGAGCUAAUCCUGCCAAUCUCACAGAUACGUCGGCGCGAUGCCAGGCAAGAUGAUCCAGGCGUUGAAGAAGGUCCAAACCGAGAACCCGUUGGUCCUCAUCGAUGAAGUCGACAAGAUCGGACGAGGGCAUAACGGCGAUCCCGCAUCGGCCUUGCUCGAGAUGUUGGACCCGGAGCAGAACGCUCAGUUCCUCGAUCAUUACCUCGAUGUACCCGUCGACCUUUCCCGGGUCUUGUUCGUCUGCACAGCCAACACCCUCGAUACGAUCCCCGCACCUUUAUUGGAUCGGAUGGAGGUCUUGGAAGUUAGUGGAUACAUUACGGAAGAAAAAGCGGCGAUCGCGAGUCGAUACCUUGCGCCUCAGGCCAAGGAUGGAGCGGGCUUGAAGGUGGCCGACGUCGAGUUGACCGAAGACGCUGUGGCGGCGCUCAUUAGGUACUACUGUCGCGAGUCUGGGGUGCGAAGGUUGAAGCAACAGAUUGAAAAGGUAUGGUGGAACAUCUCUCGUGGGUGGUAAACCGACGAUGUGAUGGCGCACGAUUUGACUGACCCCACGGGUCGUGCUUCGUUACAGGUUUAUCGAAAGGCGGCGCUCAAGAUCGUGCAGGACAUUGGAGAGCCCGCUUUGCCCGAGUCGUCGGCCGAGGUCGUACCACCACUGAACGCGGCGCCGCAAUCCACCUCGGCCCCUGCAUCGACCGUCGUCUCUUCGGGUAAGGACAAGUCGAUAUUCCCCAUCAUCGAGGACAAGGUUCAAAAAGAGGAUGGCAAAGCGGCCGAAGCAGGGACCGAAUCGGCUUUUUCAACAGGGGAAGAACGUACGACCACCACGGGCGUUCGCAAGCCUUUGGACGUCCCUGAAUCCGUUCACGUCCGCAUCACAGCCGACAAUCUGCUCGAAUACGUUGGUCCACCGAUGUAUCAGAAGGAAAGGAUGUACACCAAAUCCAGUCCUGUCGGCGUGUCGUGCGGUUUGGGCUACCUCGGUAAUGGAUCAGGAGCGGUCAUGCCUAUCGAAGUGACGACCAUGCCUGGGUCGGGGAUCCAAUUGACCGGGAAACUAGGCGACGUCAUCAAGGAGUCGGCUCAAAUCGCUCUUUCGUUCCUCAAAUCCCGAGCGUUCGAUUUGGGUCUUACCACGGACGCGGAUCAAGACCUUUUGGACAAGCGGGCGAUCCAUCUUCAUAUGCCCGAAGGAUCGAUAGGGAAGGAAGGGCCCUCGGCGGGAAUCGCGAUCCUCACCGCUUUCGUCUCGCUCUUCUCCAAAAGAGGGAUCCGAGCCGAUUUAGCCAUGACGGGUGAAAUGACCCUCGCAGGUCAAGUCCUUCCCGUCGGUGGCUUGAAGGAAAAGAUUCUCGCCGCGCAUCGAGCAGGGAUCAAAAAGAUCAUUGCCCCCGAAGCGUGUCGAGCCGAUAUCGAACAUAACGUUCCGGAAUCGGUGAAGGAAGGGAUUGAGAUCGUAUACGUUGAGAACGUGGCGCAGGUGAUUAGGGAGGCUUUUGAAGGACAUCCGAUUGUCGAGAGGUUAGAAGGUUUGACCGAGUUAUUGAGGCCCAAGGUGGUGGAGGAGGACAAGUAG